CGGCCGGUGGGCCCGGGGCACCGGGGGGUACGGGGGGGUGCGCAACCCCCGGCUGCACGGCCGGCCGCGGCUCGCUGCCCUCGCCCGUCUCCCGCCACGUCCCGCGUGUGGAUCGCGCAGCGGGGGUGCUGCGGGGCGUUUGUGUGCGGGGAGGGUGAGGUGCUGGGCCCCGCGGGCAGGCGGAGAACGGGGGGUGCCGCGGGCUCCCGCGCCAGCGGCGGGCGCUGCCUCGCGUGGUGCGGGGCGCCGGCCGCCCUCUUGGCGACCUGGUGGAGCGGGUACCUGGCACAGGGGAAGAGCUUGAAGUGGCUGCUGCGUAGGGGGAUCAGCGUUACAUGGGGUCGAGCUUUUACUGCUCCCCGGGACUCAAUAUGGAGCCGUGGGAGAGGACUUGGCACUUUAAUCCCUUCAAAGAAACCGAUCUAAUUCAAGCCCUACAACUCUUGAAAGUCUUUGAGCGGACAGCGAUUGUUUCCACAGGAAAGCCAGAUAAAGAUCUCUGUGUGCUGGCGUUUAGAGAGACUUCUCUGGCGGUGUGAAUACAAUUGAACCCAGCGACUGCGGGGAGGAUCGAGUUACCUGGGCAAACAGCUCUGGAGGACCGGAGCCAGCCGGCAUCUGCCCCAAAGGGCACCCCCACCCCCCCCCAGAGAGAGCCGAGCGUCCUCGUUUGGUACCUGGCCAAACAGGCCGGCUUACACGUUCGCGAUGGCCUCGGAGCAGAUGGGGAAGCGGCGAGGGGAGGGGCGCGGUGCUGAGCGGGGGCGCGGAGGGGCGCGGGCCCCCCCCUUGCGCCUGGCGGGGCGGUGCGAGGGGUUCCGCCGGCCCCGGGGCCGCCGAGCGCGGCAGCGGGCGGUGGCGUUAAGAUGUGAUCCAGAUGUACCCGGUGGCGGUCACCGGGGAAAGAGCCUCGCACACGGUCGAAAGAAAAGCGGGUUAGCUUCUUCGUACGCACACGCGUGCGUACAUGUAUGCACGCAGGCCGAAAGGUGAGGGGUCAGCGAGCGGAGCCGUCGGGGCCGAGCUUUGUGGCAGGAGCUGGGCGAGAGGGUGGAGGCGGAGACCCGGACCUGCCCCCCGAGCCGCGCUCGGCCCCGGGCCAGGCCAGGCGGGCUCAGCAGGGCGGCUGGGCGCAGCCCGCCUCCAGAAACACCAUCACGAGAGACUCCUGUCUUCACGGAAAGAAAUUACGUUUUUUACGCCCGGCCCCCGCUAGGAAAGAGGAAACUUUUCCGCUCUGUUUCCCGGCUGACCGGUUGGUCGGCGUGUCUGGCUGCGGGAGGGCUGGCUGCCGGGGACACCCUGCAGCCGGGGCACCCCGCCGUCCCGCUGCCGGGACACCCCGCAGCAGGGGCACCCCGCCGUCCCGCCCCCCAGCCGGCUGGGCGCGCUGGCCGGGCGCGGCUCCAGCUAACGCGGGGUUAGCGCCGGCUGAGCGAAGCGAAACCAAACCCGGCUACCAGAGGGGAAAAUGUGCGGUUGUUUGCGAAGUCAUAUCGAGGGCAUACCCCUCAGCCUCGGGGGAAGGGCGGGCAGAGGGAGGGAGAAGGGAGGAACCACCGACAAUUACUCCAGGGAAGUUUUACGACUGGGAUCGACCAGCCCCGAUCAGGUGAACUCGUUGUGCUCCUGUUACUUUGAGUCAUUAAACACUAUCAGCGGAAUCCGGAGGCAGAUUUCUCGGGCGAUAACAAAGACACAUUGUCACUUGAGGGCUCUGCCACAAAUCCUUAAUUGUAAAAAAAAAAAAAAAAAAAAAAGGGAGGGGGGGAUCCAGUGUCUUGCACAUCCAAUGUGAGGGUCUCCAGGCGGUAAGGGGUCCUUUGAUCAAGAAAAUCCAAUUAUUUGUGUAUAUACAUUUCCCACAUAGUGAUUACUUCAUUAAUUGUCCCGCCUUUAUCUCCUCCCUUCCCAUCCCCCCUAAUAAUCAGUUCUUUUAUCCAGACCAACAAACACACCAUAGGAGCUUUGUGGAUUCAAAGGAUUUGCUUUCGCUUCUGAAAGAGCCGCUAUUCUUUGAUGAUUGGGUAGCGGCAAACUUCAAAGCCAUAAAUCUUCCCUCUGACUGGCUGGCGGCCCAGCAAAGUCCUUAUCAAAUUCUUGGAGGUGAUCCUGGUGCAGUCAGACAGUCCGCGGAGAUCGCGCAGCGCGGGGGGGUGGGACGGGCACAGCGGCGAAGAGAUCAGAGGGAAGGAGGGAGGGAGGGAGAGAGAGAGAGAGAGAGAGGGAAGGAAGGAAGGAAACUGGGCAGCUCUUCGUCUUCCCCUCGGCGUCCCCAUGACUCGGCGGUGCCCCGGCGCCCUCCCCUCGCCCCGGGCGCAGUAGCCAUGGCCGCAGUGGCUGUCCUCCGCAACGACUCCCUCCAGGCUUUCCUUCAGGACCGCACCCCCAGCGCCUCCCCAGACUUGGCCAAGCACUCACCCCUGGCUCUUCUGGCCGCCACCUGUAGCCGGAUCGGACAGCCGGGCGCAGCGCCCUCGGACUUCCUGCAGGUCUCCUACGACCCGACGCUGGGAUCCCCCUCCAGGAUCUUCCACCCGUGGAGCGGCGAGAUGCCGGCGCACUCCCCGGGCGGGCUGCCGCCGCCGCACCCCAGCCUGGGGCUGACCCCUCAGAAGAACCACCUGCAGCCCUCCUUCGGGGGGGCGCACGAACUACCCCUCACCCCCCCGGCGGACCCCUCCUACCCCUACGAGUUUUCCCCCGUCAAGAUGCUGCCCUCCUCCAUGGCCGCGCUGCCGUCCAGCUGCCCCCCCGCCUACGUCCCCUACGCCGCCCAGGCCGCCCUGCCGCCCGGCUACUCCAACCUGCUGCCGCCCGCGCAGCCCUGCCGGCAGCUCUCGCCCAACCCGCCGCCCGAGGACAUCCCUUGGUGGAGCAUCCAGCAGGCCGGCGCCCCGGGCGGCUGCGGCCACCGCUUCCCCGCGGCCGCGGCGCUGCCGCGGAGCCUGGUGCUGGGCCACUCGGACUUCGCCCAGUACCAGACGCAGAUCGCCGCCCUGCUGCAGACCAAGUCUCCCCUGGCGGCCACGGCCAGGAGGUGCCGCCGCUGCCGCUGCCCCAACUGCCAGUCGGCCGCCGGCAGCGCCCCGGAGGCGGAGCCGGGCAAGAAGAAGCAGCACAUCUGCCACAUCCCCGGCUGCGGGAAGGUGUACGGCAAGACCUCGCACCUGAAGGCGCACCUGCGCUGGCACACGGGCGAGCGGCCCUUCGUCUGCAACUGGCUCUUCUGCGGGAAGAGCUUCACCCGCUCCGACGAGCUGCAGCGGCACCUGCGGACUCACACGGGCGAGAAGCGCUUCGUCUGCCCCGAGUGCGGGAAGCGCUUCAUGCGCAGCGACCACCUGGCCAAGCACGUCAAGACCCACCAGAACAAGAAGCUGAAGGCGGCGGCGGACGGCGUCAAGCGGGAGGACAGCCGCGACCUGUGACCGCCGGGCGGCGGGGACUCGGGCGGAGGGCGCCCCGCAGACGAGGAGAGGGCGGCCGGCUCCCGGACUCGCGUCGGGCCCGGCGAGCAGGAGCUCGGCUGGGGGCGGUACCGGGAGGAGACGCAGCCCCCUCGGCCCCGGGACCGAACGCUCGCAGGGCGGCGAGGCCGCCGUCGCGCCCCCCCGUCCCGGGCCGGGCGCCCUCCCUACCCCGGGGCGCGGCUGAGGGGAGGUGGCCGCCGUCGGGGCGGGAGCGGAGCCGCCCCGGCCGUCCGGGGCUCGUGGGCGCCCGGGAGUGGGGCGGCAGCGUAGGGCCGGCCGGCCGUCCCGGGGCCCGGCCCCCGCUGCUUUCAGGGGAAGAGACUGAAGUUUUGUGUACAGGUUAUUUAAUAGUUCUGUUUGAAUACAAGUGUUUCUCUCCUCGUCUUCGGCCCCGUGCCGAGCUCCAGCAUGAGAUGUUUCUGUAAAGCGAGCCGCGACUGCAGCGUGAAAUAAACACGUUAACACUGGGGUCACGCA